GCUUAAUCGAUAUUUACAGGCGUUCUGCACCAGUGAUGUUUCAAAACGAAACAAGAUUUUGACGUGUUCAAGAAUUUCUUACCAGAGAACUUAACACAGUACAAGAUCCAGGGUAUAAUUGUUACAAAAACACAAAUUGAAACAUGGCCGACGAAAUAAUUUACAGCAGAACAGGGACAACAGAUUCAAAAAGUAUAUCCGACAACCCUGAAUCAUCUGCAUUGAUAUCUGCCAUUCUAAGCUCAGAUAACAUAAUUAAUGAGGAGCUAAAUCUCUUUAGACAGUGGGCUUUUAUAUGCGAAUGCGCAAUUAGACACAUUCACAACAUGGACACCUUCGCAACGGGAAGCAGAAUCGAUUGUUCCUCUUCACCAUCAAGUGAUGAUGACCAAAUGAUACAAAUAAAGGACACAGAAGUUACCUGCGAAGAAGACUUUAAAGUUAACCAGGCGGGAAAUGUGAUGAUCAUGAUCACAAAAGACUCUCCUCCAGGUUACACUUUAUUGAGAAUCUAUAAACUUUCUGAUCAUCUACAAAGGCAUGAAACCAAAUCAUGUUUAGAAUCCUGUAUUCAAUCUGAAGGUGCUUUUUAUUUGUCGAGUGAUCGCUACCUUAGAUAUGUCAUGAAUUUAAUAGCAGGAAUGGAUAAGUAUUCACCCCUGUCCUUCCAUGCAGGAGAGUCACUACGUCACGGCCCAUGUGUUAUGCUGAAUUACGGUGAUCAUGGAAUGGAUUCUGAUAUGGGCAUUGCAUUAAGAUGUUCCACUUGGCCAAAAGAAUCAAUAGAAUGGAUUUUCAGAAGACGAAAGUCUAACUGGCCUGACGAAAUUCUGAUCGAAAAAAUCAAGAAAAUGCCUUGUCACGUUUUGCCUGUAGGUCAUCCUAACUCCGAGAGCUGUCAUCAAGAAUGGCGCUUUGCCUUUGUAAUGCCAGAGAGAGAACUCAUCUGGAAUUUCAAUGACGUACAAAUUCAGUGUUUCGUUAUAUUUAAAACACUGAAGAAAGAGAUUCUAGAUAAAAUUUCAACCGACGAAAUUAAUUCUUUUCAUUUGAAAACUAUUCUUUUUUGGUUGUCCGAAGAAAUCAUUCAUUGGGAUGAAGUGAAUUUAAUUGACAAUGUGAAGAAAUGUUUGUCUUUCUUAAACAAAAGCAUCCAAGAAAGGCACUUAUCCCACUAUUUCUUUAAAUCUAGAAAUCUCUUUGCGGGAAAACUUAAAGAUAAAACAGUGAGGACCCGUCUUUCAUCUGAAAUAUUAAACAUACAGAAAAAUAUCCUUCAAUGCUUUUUGAUUUGCGAAUGGCGCUACAAAUAUGAAAAUGGUUAUUUGUUAACAUUGCGCAUUCUAUUGCAAGAACAACGACAGAGCAACUUUCUUGACAUCGGUAGAACUGUUUUGCAAAUUACAAAUUGGAAAUUUCGCCGAAACAAGUACACGCAUGCUCGAAGUCUCAGUAUGGAAGUGAUCAUGGGAAUCAUGUUCCUUCAAACAAAUGUUGACAGUUUGAUUAAAGUUGCAGAGGAAGUGGCUGAUCAGCUGAAAGAUACACUGAUGGGAACCUUUGCAUUGAAAUUUCUAUCUAUCCGAGUUGGAAUGCUUUGUCUUGUGGAAGCUAAAAGAACGGCAGACAAAGAUGCACGACAAAACUUCGUUUCCGAGGCGAAAUGGUAUUUUGAGACUGGAUUGGAACACGACGUUCUGGCUGCAACCAUGUAUUUACUUACUUACCACUAUCAAGCGAGAAACUAUAAAGUAAUUGGAAAAUUUCUUACUGAUCUUUUAUGUAAACGUAUAGCAAUCCCAUACAAAGGGACACCCGGACUUGUCACUUGUGGGAAUCGUACAUUACUUUCGCCCAACAUGGACGAAACAGUAACAGAAAAAGAUAUGGCAAACGAAAACGACGUCGCCUUUGAUGUCAUAUUCAGUUCAAUGGAUAUUUCAUGCGUACCUCCUGCUAUACAGUAUGAAUGUGCUCUAUUGGAAGGAAGAUGUAAUUGGUCCUUUUGUUCAAUUAAUCCACUCGUGUAUGUUUGCUAUGUGCAGUUUCAGGUUGCAUUCAAUCAGAAAGAACUGGAACAACAACGAUUUGCUGUCGAACACUUGAAAAAGAUGGUACUUUAUGUUGAAAAUGGGGAAGAGAACUUUAUCAGAACACCAGUUGAACUUCAUAGACAUUACAAUAUAUUGGGAUAUUGUUACUGCCUCAUGAAUGACCAAACAAAUGCUAUAAAAUGGUUUGUGAAAUCCCUGGAGGCAUGCCCAACUGUUGGGAAUGCAGCAGCAUAUCAAUUAUGCAUUGCAAUUUACAGCUCUGGAUAUCUAUUUUCAAACCUUAAAUAAAUCAUGGAACACGUUAA